UUUUAAUUACUACGACUUUCCUAAUCUAGUGCCGUUUCGAAUACUCCUCUUACAAGUUCCAACUACCCUCGAAAAGACUAUAAAUAACACCCAAAUCUUACAUCCCUUUAACACCAAUUCCUUUUACUUCUUUCAAAUUAGGGUCUAUAGUUUUCCUCUUGGGUCUCCAUUCAAAUCUUUUCAAUGGCUGAUUCUGAGAACAAAAUAACCCUUAGAUCUAACGAUGGCGAGACUUUCGAGAUUGAUCAAGCAGUUGCAAUGGAAUCCAUAACAAUCAAAAACAUGAUCGAAGAUGAUUGUGCCAGUACCGCAAUUCCUCUUCCGAAUGUAACUGGGAAGAUCCUAUCGAAGGUUCUGGAAUAUUGCAAAAAGCAUGUGGAUGCUGCUGCUGCAAAAUCUUCUUCUGAAGAAAGAUCUUCAAAUGCUAUCGAUGAUGAACUUAAGACUUGGGAUGCGGAGUUUGUUAAAGUUGAUCAAAAUACCCUCUUCGAUCUCAUCUUGGCUGCUAACUACCUGAACAUUAAGAGUCUGCUGGACUUGACCUGCCAAACAGUUGCUGACAUGAUUAAAGGAAAAACCCCCGAGGAAAUCAGAAAGACAUUCAACAUCAAAAAUGACUUCACCCCAGAGGAGGAAGAGGAGGUUAGGCGUGAGAACCAGUGGGCUUUCGAAUGAUCUGAUUGGAUGGCAGCGUACACCUUCAUUGUCUAUUGUCUGUAGAAUAGAAGUGUCUGAUAGUAAGUAAGAGGUGGUCUUUUAUUAUUUAUCAUUUAGCGCAUAGUACAUGUUUCGGGUGGUCAUCUGUGCACAAUACUUGAUUUAAAGUAAAACUAUGCUUGUUUUCGUACUAAUAAUUAGACUAAUAUCUCAAUUGUGUAUGCACUUUAUUUUAAUCUAUGGAAGUGUUGUUCUGUUAUGGGCAUGAUCAUGUUCAUGGAUGUUGUGUGUUCAGAAGUGCAUUCUUUAAGAUGUAGAUUGUUGAAGGUUAUUGCCUUGUAAGUUGUAACAGUUGCUUGAAUUCGGAAUUG